GCGGUUGCGGGCGUUGCGGCCCCCCUUGCGAGCUCGCGGGAGGGCGGCCUGGACGGCGCGGGCUGGCGCGUCGACCCCUCGGCGGCGCAGGCGGCCGCGGGCCAGCUGGACGGUGCGCCCGCGGCGACCGCGGGGGGCGGGCCCCCGCGUGACGGGCCUGGGGCCGCCCCCUGGGUCCCCGCCUGGCGCCGCUGCAGCUGGUGCCUGGGCCGCCUGGGGCCCCACGAGAGCCUCGCCCUCGCGACUGGGGGGCUGCCCGCUGAGAACUGCGAGCUCUGCUACUUGCUGACGCUCGCGACCCACCACGCCUUCAGGGCGCGGCUCACCCCAGGAGAGCGGGCCGCCGUGACGGGCCGCGCGCGCGAGCUCACGGCGCUCGUGGCCGCGCUGGCGUGGCUCGCCGACAGUCAACGUGGCCCCGGAGGCCAAGCCGAAGGCCAAGGCUACAGCCAAGGCUACGGCCAAGAGUUCCCUGGCUCCCUCCGCCGCUAUGUUCGGAGGUUUCUUGAUCUGAAGUCCUGCGAGCUUUCGGCCACCAAGAGCGGUUGGCUUCGGCGUGAUGUGUCGCCGUUAUCGUACCCUGUUCUGGGCGUCGACGAGGUCAUCCUCAGCGACGAGAGCAUCGGCGACAGGGGCUGGGAGGGGCCCCUCAGCAGGCUAGAGGUGGCGAUCCUCGGGUUGCACUGGGGGGCUGGCUACCGCAGCCUGAAGUUUGCCUGGUGCUGCCUAGGUCGAGCCAGCGCGGCGCAGGCGGCUGCCAUCUGGGCCCUGGCGCGGAUAAUCUACCGGGCCAUGCUGUCCGAGGUGGGGCCGCCGCCCGAGGUUCACUGGUCCGAGCGCCUGAAGGACAGGGGCAUCGCCUACGACGGGUCGGAGGUUUCGAUGCCGCUGAGGCUGAUGCUCGAGCGGGUGCUGGACGGACUGCCGCCGCCUGGGUCCUGCGCUUCCGCUUCUUCUGCUAGCGGAGCGGCGAGUGGCGGCCACCUCGGCGCGUAUCUGGUCUUCGACGGAGGAGUGGCGCCGCACCGUGGCUGCGCUCCCAUCGAGCAGUCCGAGAUCGCGGAGCGGGCCGGUCGGGCGACGCCCCCGGGCCCCGAGCAGCCGAGGGCGAGCCAGCUGGGCGGUCUGGUCCCGGCCGAGACGGAGGACCUCCUGUGGAGCGGCGCCGACCAGAAGCCGGGUGCGUCCACCCGCGUCUGCCUGAAGGUGAUCGGCAUGGGGUGGGUCAGCGCGGCAGGGGUCGCGACUCACCUGCGCCGCGACAUGCUGAGCCGCGGCCGCGAGGUGCCGCGAGGCCUGCGGCCCAGCGACGAGAUCACCCGCCGUCGUCGCCUGCCGCUCGGAGUGGCGCCGCCCUGCCCUGCGGCCUGGUUGGCCCACGUCAACAACCUUCAGAUCGCCGAGGUCGUCGGCAAGAACGAGGCGGUCGAGCUGAAGGGGGGCUACUUGGCGGAGAUGGCCAGCCUCGCGUUCUGGGUGCUGGGCAGGCGUCGUGCGAGCAGGAGGCCCAUGCAGAUCCUGCUCGGCCGCUGGGUGCGGGCCCACUGCUUCCGCUGCCCGCCCGCGUCGAGCUCUGCUCGCGCGUGGCGCUGGCUCGCGGGCGCGCGGGCUGGGGGCCGCGUCGGCCUGGGCGUUGCAGAGGCCUUGCUCCUCUCCUCAGCGCUCUCCGCCCUGCCCGUGGCGAGCCUCAGGCUGAAGGCGGCCCCCGUCGCCCUCAUCGAUGGGAUUGGCGGGGGGCGGCGCGCCUUGGAGAUCCCAGGCCUCGCCCCGGCGAUCCACCUCGCGUUCGAGAUUUGCGCCGCCGCCGUCGUCCGCGCGGCGAGGCGCGCCUGCCCGAGCACAGCCCACCUCGGCGAUGUGAGCGCCGCCGACCCGCGCGACCUCGCCAAGCGCCCGAGGGGGCGGGUCCGCAUCUCGCGGGUCUUGGUCAUGGGCGGCCUCCAAUGCCAAGCGCGCGCAGCGCUCGACGUCGACCGCCAGGGCCUGGCAGACCCUCGCGCUGGCCUCGUGCAGCGCCCGAGGCGC